CUGAGCUCCUGGACCCCUCUCCUCUCAGCCGGCACCCAGACGCAUCUUCCAGGGUCUGGGGCCUGACACUGGCUCGAGGGCUGGCCCUUUCUCCUUGUGGACCCGCUGGGCGGGGGAUGGGGGCAACCCUCGCGCGUUGCUUAUCCCAGCCGGGUGCCCUGGGAGGGCGGCGGCCCUGGCCUCGCUAGCCUCAAGUCUAACCUGGGGUGCGGGUGCGUGGGCCGCGUGCAUGUCUGCGUGGAGCAAGCGCGCCGAGAGCGGUCGGGGCUGGCGCCGGGGCGCUCUAACCCACUAACCCGGCGAGCAGGAGCAAGCCCGGCCUCACGAGGGCGCCCGCCCGCUGCGGGCUGUCUUCACCGCAGACGGGAAGCUGCUCAGCACCGGCUUCAGCAGGAUGAGUGAGCGGCAACUCGCGCUCUGGGACCCGGUAGGCCAGGCCGCGCCGGGCGCGCUAGCUCGCUCCUUCUCUGGGUCUGCCGGGAGCGCCUUCCCGGGCUGUGGCUGGCGCCCAAGAGGCCAGAGCGGAGCGGGGAGCUCCCAUUCGGGAAAAGCCUCGCUGCGACUCCGGGGAGCCAGCAGACACCGCUGCUCUAGGGAUCGGCCUUUGAGCGCGCUUAAGGGUUCGGGAUCGGCUGAGAGCCGCGUGCCUCCUGCUCUCUCCAGGCCCGGAUGCUCUCCAGGUCAGGGGCCAGACGUGGCCCCGCAGGAAGCUGAGUGCUUAGGCCCCAUUUGUCUCUUCCCCGCAUCCGCUCCUCCACCCCGGACACCCAAGUUAGCAAGCUGGUUGCUCAUCCCUCCAUGCUCCUCAGGGCAGGCAGCUGGGUGAUGUCCCUCCCUGUCUCCCCCUCCCCCCAGGAGAGGUUUGCGGCCCACGAGGGGAUGAGGCCCAUGCGGGCCGUCUUCACGCGCCAGGGCCAUAUCUUCACCACGGGCUUCACCCGCAUGAGCCAGCGAGAGCUGGGCCUGUGGGACCCGGUAACGCAGCUGGAGGCUUGGGUUUUGCUGCGUCGCGUGAAGGAUCCUGCGCUGGCGCCCCCACCUGGUGAUGCCGAGUCCCUGGGGGUGGUUUGCUGUGACUGCAUGCGGCGCGCAGCGGAACAACUUCGAGGAGCCAGUGGCACUGCAGGAGAUGGACACAAGCAACGGGGUCCUAUUGCCCUUUUACGAUCCCGACUCCAGCAUCGUCUACCUGUGUGGCAAGGGCGACAGCAGCAUUCGGUACUUUGAGAUUACCGACGAGCCGCCUUUCGUGCACUACCUGAACACGUUCAGCAGCAAAGAGCCGCAGCGGGGCAUGGGUUUCAUGCCCAAAAGGGGACUGGAUGUCAGCAAGUGUGAGAUCGCCCGGUUCUACAAGCUACACGAAAGAAAGUGUGAACCUAUCAUCAUGACUGUGCCCCGCAAGUCAGACCUGUUCCAGGACGAUCUGUACCCGGAUACGCCAGGCCCGGAGCCGGCCCUAGAAGCGGACGAAUGGCUAUCCGGCCAGGACGCCGAACCCGUGCUCAUUUCGCUGAGGGACGGCUAUGUGCCCCCUAAGCACCGCGAGCUCCGGGUCACGAAGCGCAACAUCCUGGACCUUCGCCCGCCCUCCGGCCCCCGCCGCAGCCAGUCGGCCAGCGACGCCCCCUUGUCGCAGCACACUCUGGAGACGCUGCUGGAAGAGAUCAAGGCCCUCCGCGAGCGGGUGCAGGCCCAGGAGCAGCGCAUCACGGCUCUGGAGAACAUGCUGUGCGAGCUGGUGGACGGCACGGACUAGCCCCGCGCGCCAGGCAGGCGGAGCGGGGCGGGGCGGGGCGCACAAGCUCGGCCCCGCCCCGGCUUUUAGUCCCGAACUCCGGACCCCGCCUUCUUGGGCUGGGCCCGGGGGCGGGACUGGGAAGGGAACUCCGCCCCUCGCGGGAGACCAGAACUCUUGGAGCUUAGGGGAGACCCACGUCGCUCCAGCGGAGGCUGGACUGCGAGCCUCGUCUGGGACUCGGCUGGAGCUGGCCUAGGGAGGCCCGUGGUAACCUGGGGGGCUCAGCAAUGGUGCUGCACGGCGAGGUGGUGUCCCCCUUUGUCCUCCGCCCAGGGCAGGGAAAGUGCUUAGUAUUAGCGUGAUGCUUGGGGAUAUUGGAGCCUGAGCUUGACCUCAAACGGGUGGCGAUUUGAUGGGUACCCCCAGGCUGGGGAAAAUGACAGCGCUUCUCCUAAUCAGCUCACUGGAUUCCAUCACCCUGAGCGGUAAACCAGAUGGGCGUCACCCCAGUUCUGCAGACACAUACACAACCCCUUUGCUGCAGAGCCGGACCCAGUAGCUACACCCACAGCGGUCUGUGGUAGAGAGCUCUCUUCCUUCUUUCCACCGACAGGGGCGAGGGCUGCUUCCUCGCGGCAGCCCCCGCGAAGAAAUCUCGACAGAACUGGCAUGAGGAGUUAGGUUCAUCACAAAUACACACACACUGCCCCCAACCCUCUGCCGUUGCCUCUCUCAGAAAAACAAGACGUACUGAAUGAAAUAUUUUACUAAGCGUUCA